AUGAAAACUAUCUUCACUCCCGUUUCAGCGCCUUUGGCCCUGCAAAGCUGUGGCCUAGCAACUCUAGCACCAGCUGCUGUCCGCGACCAAUUCUGGUCGACCACCAGCAUCAGGGACCUCGUGGCAUGGCUUCUGGGGCGUAUGCCCUUGAUGCAGCCAGAGGCAGAUACCCUAGCUCCACCUCAAGCCCAGUCUUUCCUCGUCCCGUCAAUUACGGUACUACCACUCGCACAGUGCUGUAACAGCCGCUCCAAUAACCUCUCCCGACGAUUGGGGAUGGUCCAGUGGAGUGCCGACCUAUGCUCAUUGUCCACGAUCCUGAUCCACGCCCCGUGCAACAGCAGGAGGUCCACUACCUCGUCGUAUCCACCCACGACAGCACGAACCAACGCCGUCCGACACUCCCCAUUGUACUCGUUGAAGUUGACCAUGUGCGCUAGUAGGAUCUUCACGAUCCGGUGGCCCCGCCUGAUGCAGUGA